UUCUCCGAGCACUGAUGGAACGUGGACCGCAGCUGGUCCAGGGGCCGCUCAUCAAAGGAUGUAAUUUAAACUAGAAGAACACAACUUUACGCAUCGUCAAGAGGAUUAACACUGGAAGUUGAUUGCAGAUGGCUUUCUGACUACUGGGGAAAUGAAUCGGAGUAAAUCGCAGUCUUUGCGCAGCUUUUCAAUAGUCGAAGUGAAAAGCAAAUAUGGAGCAGAGUUCCGGAGGUUUUCCCUUGAUCGGUCCAAACCAGGAAAGUUUGAUCAGUUUCACAAGCUUAUUCUUCAGCUGCACCGACUGGCCAAUACCCCAGUGCUGAUUGCGUAUGCAGAUGUCCAAGGGGACUUCCUUCCGAUCAACAAUGAUGAUAAUUUCGGCAAGGCUGUGUCUACUGCACAGACACUUCUUCGCAUCUUUGUCCAAAGACCAGAGGAGGUAGAUCAGGGGAGUUUCUGCAGCAACACUGUGUCACGGCGGAAGAAGCAAGCUGCGGCCCUGCUCUCUGAUACACAUCGCCGGAAAGUAGCAGUCCACAUCGGCCUGCCGCAGGACUUUCGCCCCGUGUCGUCCAUCAUUGACGUCGACAUCUUACCGGAAACUCACCGCAGGGUGCGUCUCUACCGGCAGGGCUCCCAGAAACCUUUGGGCUUCUACAUCAGGGAUGGCGCCACAGUGAAGGUGACCCCCCAUGGCCUACAGAAGGUCCCGGGGGUCUUCAUCUCUCGCAUGGUUCCAGGAGGGUUGGCAGAAAGCACAGGGCUGCUGGCCAUCAACGACCAAGUGCUGGAGGUGAAUGGGAUUGAGGUGGCUGGUAAGACCUUGGAUCAGGUGACCGACAUGAUGAUCGCCAAUAGUCACAAUCUCAUCAUCACAGUGAAACCAGUGAACCAGCGCAACAAUAUCACACGCAACAGCUUCAGCAUGUCGGGCUGUACUGAAAUGUGUGUCGAUGGACCGGACGGAACUCUGUACCCCGGCCUGCCGGUCCUACUGGCCAACCAAAGCUGGACGGGGGAGGGGUUGGAGAGCGACGACGACGUGGACGUGGUGAUCGAGAGGCACAUGAACAAACCGCCGCCUCGCCACUCGGGCACCCCGUCCUUUUACCCGCGCCCGCCGACGCCUCCGCGCAUGCGCGCUCACGGCCGUGCGAGGUCUCCCGGUGCCCACCGCCGCCCGCAUUCCAUGUUCGUCACGCCGUCGUCGCACCGCUCGCAGCCCUGCCUGAACGUGCCCACCAGCCCCAGUGACCUACUGAGCGCCAGCCUGUGCCACAAUCUCACGCUCCAGCAGCAGUACCGCAGUAGCCCCACCGUCCGCGCGAGCAGCGCCAGCUUGCACAGCAGCAUGCUCCGCACACUACGGACCGAGCCUCUCCACAGCCUGGCCGCGGCCCAGGGAGGCAUGGAAGAGGACGGCACUGUGAUCAUUCUCUAACCUGCACUGAUUAUCCUCGCCUGAUGAAAUGAACUUAUGUCAGGUCAUUCUCAUGAACUUAUGUCAAGUCCGCCUUAUCAGGUCAUUAUCAGUCGUCAAAAUAUGCUGAAGUUUCUCUUUUCUGUCAUUAUGGAGAGAAUUUAUUACACAUAUAGCAUUAAGCACAUGGGCAUUACACUGGAAUAUGACUUUUGUAUUAUGUAUGUCUUAAGCAGUUUGUUAAAAAGCAAUAAAUAUAUAUCUUCUAUUGUAAAUGCAA